AUGUCAAAGUCAGACCAUGACAGCGAUUUGGAGACGGGAGGCACGGAGGAAGAACCCCUCAUCUUCUCACAAGAGAAACACAAAUUGUCGACUUUUUUCUCAUCGGUAAAAUGUCUGUGUUUACUUUUAUCCAGAAAAUCUAAACUCCUAAAAUGGCGAGUGGCUUUUGCAUUGCUGCUGAUAGUGGCGGUGGCUGCGGGUGUGACCAUGGGAUUGUUGUAUUACUACAAAGACACUGGAAAUGAGCCAAUUCAAGCCCCGCCACCGCCGAGUGGCGAGUACCAGUACGCCAAAGCUGCGGUGGCCGCCGAUGCUGGAGAAUGCUCAGAGAUUGGCCGGGAUAUUUUGGAAGAGGGCGGCUCAGCCGUUGACGCGGCUAUUGCAGCCUUGUUGUGUGUCGGUCUUCAUAACUGUCAAAGUGCAGGGAUCGGAGGAGGGUUCUUUAUGCUGACCUACAACGCCAGGACUCGAACCGUAGACAUGUUGGAUGCCAGAGAGAAGGCUCCACUUGCCGCUUUUGAAAACAUGUAUAAAAAUGAGACUGAUGAUGCGUCCACCUUUGGUGGCUUGGCUAUUGGUGUUCCCGGGGAGAUAGCUGGCUACUGGACCGCUCACCAACGCUACGGUGUCCUACCCUGGAGGGAUCUAUUCCAACCUGCAAUCAGAUUAGCAGAGGAAGGAUAUGUUAUAGGCAAAGCACUGGCUGGUGCCAUUCUUUCUGAAGAGAGUAAAAUUAAGAACGAUUCAAGCCUAAGUGAAAUUUUUGUGAACUCUGCCACGGGCGAGAUUCUGAAGGAGGGAGACACGUUGAUUAACACCAAACUGGCCGAGACUUACCAGAAACUAGCCGAGGGUGGAGAAGAUGCCUACUAUAGGGGAGAACUAACUGAUGACAUCGUGGCUGAUAUUACAGACAAAAAUGGCGUAAUUAAAAAGGAAGAUCUGGAAGGAUACAGUGUCCGACGAAGGACACCUCUGAUGAUUGAAUUGGACGGUAUGAAGGUGUACACGCCCCCACCGCCAGGCAGCGGCGCUGUGUAUUCACUCAUGAUGAAUAUCCUUGACGGAUAUGACAUUGGCCCGGACAGUAUAACUACCACUGAAGCCGAGAUCCUAACAACUCAUCGCAUGGUGGAAUCUUUCAAGUUCGCCUAUGCAGGCCGAUCAUUCCUUGGAGAUGAAGACUACGUGGAUGUCAAAGAGAUUGUUGCCAACAUGACGUCACAGUCUUACGCAGACUCCUUACGAGCCGCUAUUAGUGACGACUCCUCACACGAUCCAUCCUACUACGCAGGGUACUACAACCAGCCAGAUAGCGGCACAGCCCACCUGUCAGUUGUCGAUGGGGAUGGCAACGCGGUGUCUGUAACAAGCACCAUUAACACAUAUUUGGGUUCCAAAGUUCGCGGUACUCGAACAGGGAUCAUCUUCAACAACGAGAUGGACGACUUUUCUCAACCUGAUAGGCCGAAUUCUUACGGCCUCCCGCCGUCACCGAGCAAUUUCAUCCGGCCGGGGAAGCGGCCAAUGUCUUCCAUGACACCCACCAUCAUCGUGGAUCGCGACGGGAAAUUUAAACUGGUGGUUGGUGCAUCGGGAGGGUCGCGUAUUACAACUGGCGUUGCCCAGGUAUCAGUGGAUACACUUUGGUAUGGUGAGAGCAUAAAAGAAGCGAUCCAACGCAAACGUCUUCAUCACCAAUGGGUUCCCAAUAAUGUCACCUACGAGGCAGACUACAAUCAGGACGUCAUCGAUGGUUUGAGAGAGAAGGGUAACUAUCCAAUGGUGUCUUCGAGUGGAUGCGUAGUGCAAGGCAUCCUUCGUGACGCGCAGGGAUUCUUGAACGCUUACAGUGACGACCGGAAAGGAGGCUACCCGGCUGGCAUCUAAACUUGACCUUUUUAAUCACCCAAAGGAAGAUGGUAUCCCGUUUGUGCCAACUUCAGAGCUCAUGUGCCACA